AUGGUGCGUGGUGUUGGGCACUUGUGGUGUGAAGUUCAGGUCCGCCACGCAUCUUGUGCCGAACGCAUUGUGUCCAGCACGUCCACCGGCAGAGGCUCUUUCACGGUCAUCGUCAGUGCCCAGUGGUCGUGGAAAGCGAGGAGCCAGGCGGCUGCCGAUGGCGCGUCCUUGUUCUUAAGCGACCAGAGCAAGGGAGCCCAUUUUGGCACCAUGCCAAGGGAUGUGGAAGUUCUGCCACAAAGUUUAGGGCCUGGCCCAGCACGCUAUGAUUCGGGCCUCGCUGCUUUCAAGACCUCGGGCAGGGUUUCUUUCGGGAUGCCGAAAUUCAAUGCGGAACCCCGCAGAACGAUGGAGGGCAUGUACGUUCGCGGCUGGUCCGGGCCUGGCGUUGGAAAGUACAACCCACCGUUGCGCUCGCGCUCAAGGGGUGGCAGCUUCACCCGUGCAGCUCGUUGGGGAUCGAGAUCAGCAGGCGGCCUUCCUGGGACUCUUCCAAGCCCUUCUCCUGGCCCGAUGAGCUAUAAGCCGAAUCAUGCUGCACUGAGCACCGUCCACUGA